CCUCGUGAAUCCACUUGGUCGCCUGCGAUGUCUUCCAAUUCCACAUCAUCGGGCCUGUACGGUGACUUUGAGCACCCCAACGAAGCAUUAAGACGAUCAGUCAAGAUCUCACUCGUAUUUGCCUUCUUAUGCCCCACCGUUGCUGUCGCCCUGCGAAUUUGGGCCAGGAAACUGAGCGGUUGCAAAUUGUUUCUGGAUGAUUACUUGAUUCUUAUUGCGCUGUUUUUCAAAUAUGCAUGCUCCAUCGGAGUCACGAUCCUCCUCUUCAACGGCAUGGGAUCUCACAUAGACAUGGUCCCGGAAAAAAACCUCAUUGUUUACUUCAAGAUUGGAUGGGCAAACCCAUUUAUGUACACAACAUGCGUCGCGUUCACCAAGUUGUCUAUUCUGGCUCUAUACAAGCGACUGUUCACGGUCAAGCCCAUGACUAUUGCGGUCAACAUAAUGGCAUCGUUUGUUGUGCUUUGGUGUGUUAGCAUCAUGGUUGCAGCGACACUGAACUGUAUUCCAAUCAACAGCUUCUGGGAUAGAUCAAUCGACGGGAGAUGCAUCAACACAGCCAACUUCAACUACGCCAUGCAGAUCCCUAACAUCUUCUCGGAUCUGAUUAUUCUCGUCAUGCCCAUCAAGUUGGUGCUUUCUUUGCCGAUUCCGAAAACCCAGAAGAUUCUCCUCUCCGGCGUUUUUCUCAUUGGUGGCUUAACUCUAAUAUUCGACGUCGUUCGCCUGUGGGUCAUGAUCAAACUAACCACGCAAGGCCCUGAUAUUACAUUCAACCAAGCCCCCGUCGCCAUGUGGACCUGUCUCGAGGGCGCCGUUGCCAUCGUGGGCGCCUGUCUCCCCAAUCUCAGGCCACUGUUUAGAUUCAGUGCCCGCGGAUUCUGGAGUCAGCUCCGUUCUUCACGUGCGUCCAGCAAGGCUCAUCUCAAUUCGAACACCACGAACGAAACGGCCACAACUAUCACUAUGAACACAACCAGCUCGUCUGGGGACCAUAAUAUUUCCAAGCCGGUCUUUAACGCUCAUGUGUCGGACGAGGGUACCCAGGGCAUUGAGAUACAUCGAUACAGCAAGUACAUGGACUGUGAGAAAUGA